UUGUAUACGCGACGCUGACGAGGAGAGGAAGAAAUUUUCCAGAAGUUGCAAGGCCCAUUAAAUAGUGCAAAAUAGUUACUAAAUUUAAGUUCAACGUGUAAAUAGAUAUAAAUCGGAUCGCGACAAUCUCUUGGGCAGCGAAUUCGAAAGUGGAAAAGUACGUGAAUACGAAAAGAAAAAUAUAUCGCGAGUGUGUGACUGUGUGCGUGCGUACUAAAGUGGAGCGCACACCGUGGAUGGCUCUCCACAACAACACAGCAGCAACAAUAAAUACAGCAAUAGAAACAACAACAUCAAAUGCAGAAAAUGUUGAGAAAAUCACAGAGAGAGCGGGAGGCGAGAGAACAAUAGCGAAAGCGUUAGAAUGUAAAGCAAUCGAAGCAUUAAAUAGAGUACAAGUACAGCAAUUGCAUUGGAAAAUCAAAUUCGUGCGACAAAAGCGGACGAUUGCAGAAAUUUUCGAAACUUGGCAGCCAUAUUUACUACAAAAACAACGCCGUUGUAAAAAUACGUGACAAAACGCUUACACACGUUCAUACACCCACACACUCAUACGCCAGCCAGCUCACACACACACACAAGCGCGUAUUGAAGGAAAAGAAAAACGAACGAGAGGAUAGAGACAGAGCAAGAGAAGAAGAGAAAGAGAGACGCGAACGACGUGAAUUAACAAACAAACAAGAAAUAUUUUUGCGAAAAAGACAAACACAAAAAAUUCAAUAAAGUGUAUUACAUAAACAAACAGAGCGUCUUCGAUAUUAUGGAAAUUGCGCCACUGAUAAAUAACGCCGUUGCUGUCGUCACAGCCUCUGCCACCGUCGCUGCCUCUGCCUCUGCCUCGGCCAACGUCGGCAGCAGCAAGGAGAAUGAUAACGUCAACAAUCUGGCUCUGCUCGCUUCGUUGACGUUACAGAAAGUGCUGAAUAUCAACAAUAACAAUAGCCAGCACAACAACAAACACAAUCACAACCACAACCACAACAGCAACAGCAGCAAUAUCAACAAGCAACUCGAGCAACAAAAACAGCAGAAACAACGACGAAACCUCGAUAAUAAGAGCGAGAAUGAUGUAUUGAAUCAAUUGCUUAAAACUGGAGCUGUUUUCACUAAAACCGCCACGCCAACGGCGCCCAUAGCCAUUGAGAAGAGGAAGGUGUCGCAGCAGCAACAUCAGUAUGCCCAGCAACAGCAGCAGCAGCAACCGUAUCAUCAUCAGCAGCAACAGCAAUUCAGCGCACAGAAGCAACGCCUCAACUCAUCCAUAUCAUCGACCCACUCAUCGACAUCAACCAACUCCUCGUACGGCAGCAGCUCCUCGGAAGAUGCGGCAGCCACAUCAGCAACUUCAGCUAGUUUGGCAAUAUCCAGAACAAGUACCACGAAGGCGUCCAGCAUUAAAUUGCCAGAGAAAUCAAAAAUUCCGUCCGAUAUACUUGAUGAUCUGGCCAGUCGGUUUAUAAUCAAUGUACCGGACAUGGAGCUAAAUAAUUUAAUUCGAAUCUGUUUCCAAGUGGAGCUGGCCCAUUGGUUUUACUUGGAUUUCUUUUGUGCGCCGGAAGAGGGCGGAGAAGAUGGAGAAGCGGCCACCCCUAAGUCUGUCAAGCGAAAGUUGCCGACCGUGGGCAUCAAGCAGUUUGCCAUGCAGUUGUUCCAACACAUUCCCUUUUUGAACAAGCACCAUGGCACCGUGGAUCAAAUUCUGGACGAAUGGAAGAACUACAAGCUGUCGGUGCCGACAUAUGGAGCUAUUCUGGUAUCCGAGGACUACAAUUAUUGCUUGCUAGUGCAGUCCUACUUUGCGCGCAACUCCUGGGGCUUUCCCAAGGGCAAGAUAAACGAGAACGAGGAUCCGGCGCACUGUGCUACAAGAGAGGUUUAUGAGGAGACUGGGUUCGAUAUCACGGACAACAUUGAUGCCAAUGACUAUAUUGAGGCUUUUAUCAACUACCAGUACACGCGGCUGUACGUGGUGCGCAACAUACCGCUGGACACGCCGUUCGCACCUCGCACCCGCAACGAAAUCAAAUGCUGCGACUGGUUCCGUAUUGAUGCCCUGCCUGUGAACAAGAACGAUGCCAUAUCGAAGGCCAAACUGGGCAAAAACUCCAACUCAUUCUUCAUGAUCAUGCCGUUUGUGAAGCGCCUAAAGAAGUGGGUAAACGAUCGGAAGGCUGGCAUUGAGCCGCGUCGUCGCAAAUGUUCCGGCCAGCACUCGCCGAAAGCUGCCUCGCCCACAAAUCAUCUGAAUGGCAGCGGCAACAGCUGCAAAAAGGAUACGGCAGCGGUGCGAAAUGCGUCGCGUCGUCAGAGACACAAGUCCAUGGGCGAUUUGGACGGUGUCAAGUUGAAUAAUCUCAAUGGCAAGGCAGUGGCUCCGGGAACGGGGCCAGCAGCAGCUCCCGCAACAGCUGGCGCAGCCAUCAACUCAAUGAACAUUUGCAAUAGCAAUGGGAAACGCAAUAAACAAAAUGCGGCUGCGGGCAGCAAUCAAACAACGCCACUAACAACAACAGGGGCGGGCUCAAAUGGAGCCGGAGGAGGAGGAGGAGGUUCCACUAUAUCCUCGAAACGUCAGCUGUUCCAUAGCCAAAGUCAGAACGAUGCACAGCAGUCGGCAAGCACAGAAAAGAUUGUCAGCUCUUUUGAUUUGAUACGCAAGGAGAAACAGCUACAACAGAAGGCAGCCAAGGCACUGAAGCAGCAGCAACAACAAAUCCAACAACAGCAGCAGCAGCAACAACAGCGAUCGCGCACCAAGUCCCAGAGUGAUAAGCAGCCAUCUGUAAGGAUCUUGGGACAACAACAACAACAGCAACCUACCACAGGGGUCGAUUUAAUAGCUAUGCUAUCGGCAGCAGCAGCAGCAGCUCAAAAGAACCCAAAGAACGAGCAGCAGCAGCAGCAACCAUCGCAGUCGCAGCAACGUCCGAGACCAGCUUCAGUGUCGCUGAACUUUGGCGGAGGAGGAGCAGCACCAUCGCCUGCUGAUGCCCAGGGCGACAUGCACAAGCUGCAGCGCAUGGCUUCGGGCACAAAUUUAAGGAUUUUGAAGCGGGCACAGUCGCAGCAACCGCAGCAGCAGCAGCAGCAGCAGCAGUUGAUCCAGCAACAGCAGCAGCCUCAGCUGGGCGGUGUUGACUUUACGCCCAAUUUUAAUUCGUGGACGAAUUUCUCAUUCACCAAGAACUUUAUAGCAAAUGUGUUUUGCUAAAAACCUUUUCCCUUUCGAGUCAAACCGCUUCCUUUAAAAAAUUCUCAAGUGAUGCAAAAGCAAAGGUUACAGGGGAAACACUGUGCGCAUUAGGGAACCGAAAGAAACUUUGGAGACUUGCCAAUGAAAAUGAAAGCAUGCCGAAUUGCAUUUAAAAGGUUCAUUUAACACUACAACAACUACCAACAUUUGAUAGACAAUUAAUCGUGUCUAGUCCUAGGCUUUGGAGACUACAUAUAUUGUAUAAAAGUUAAGUUUUCUGAUCUCUAAACUGGAGAUUUGACUUUUUCCCCAUACAUAUUCUCAAAAAUCGAUAAGAGACAUUUUUUAAUACGAAAAACAAAAACGAUUAAGCGAUUUUCAUACCAAAAAAACGCGAGUCUUCCGCUCAGCACAGCACCUGUAAAGUAAUAUUUUGUAUAAACACAAAACCAAUAAGAUUCAACUUUAAGAUCAAAGUGAGAAUACGAACAGAGAUUGAGUAAUAAUAAUGCUAGAAUUCUUUCGGUAUUAUGCUAAAAAGUGUUUAUUAUCGCGCCGUUUAAACGUAUUUUUAGAGCAAAAAAAACCAACAAACUAAAUCUUAACCUAACUUAAAGCGUAGCUUUAACACAACGCCCGAAAACAGAUGGUUUGACAAAACAAAACGGAAACCAUUCUGCGGGCCAAGAUGAGAUGGAAAAUUUUCAGGGCCGUUUUACUUACUGCCCGCCCCCACCUAUGAAUGAUAGAAUGAGGAGAGAGAGAUGUGUAAGAGAGAAUACAAAAUAAUAACAAUGUAAAUAAUUAAAUUGUGAUAUAGUGUAUUUCUUAGCACAAUUGUGAUCUUAACAAAAAAAAAAACGGCUGGCAACUACAAACAAAACUUUUAUAAGCAAGAAAAAAAACAUUUUAAUCAAUCGAACAUAAAAAACAAAUUACAAAUGUCCCGAAAAUUGAGAUCCAAUAUCAGGCAUAUCUUCAACAGCAGAAACAUAAGAGAUAACCAAAAGAUUUAACGAAUUUAAAUUAGUUUAAAAUUGAAAUUGCCUAAAAAUGAUAAUGAUUUGUAUGAAGAGAAAAGCUAUUCGAGCGAUUUGUAAAUUUUACGAUAAACCGGACGGAUGGAGUACGUAUAUAUUUUUGUGAGCCACUAGUGCGUAAGGAAGAGCCUUUAAGAAAUGUUAAGCCUUUUGAUAAAACUCCUUAAGGGUGUUUUUCUACCAAGCCAAGUUUCCUAUAAUUCGUAAGCAUGUGGCAGCAUGUCGCGUUUUCUGCUGUGUAGUCUCCAAUGUUUCCAGCAAAGUCUCCAAAACAGAGUUGCCCAUUUAGCGUAUUGUAUGUAUAUCUUUAGACUAAGCAAGGAUAAGCAAGGUCUCCAAAGGUCUCCGCAAUAACAACAAAAAAUUAACAGAGGUUCCCCUGUAACUAGGUCUUUUUGCGUACACUUCGAUAAUGUUCUUUAAUCUUAAUCAAAAUCAGAUGAAGAAAUUUGCAUUUGCAUUCGCUUUAAAUCUUUUACUACUGACUUUUAAAGCUUUUUGAAAAGCCAUAUUAAUUUUUAUGUUACAUAAUAACUGAACUGCAAAUUUGUUUUAAA